GGCGGCGAAGGCAGCCAAGGUUCUCGGCGUCGGCGCUGGUCUCGCCGGUGCCGCCGGCUUUGGCCUGUCGAGGUCUGCGAGCCGGCGCAACAGGAAAGGUGAGCACAGUAGUACUUUCCGGUCCCUGCUCUUCCACUAACCCUGCUACAGUCGAUGAAGACGACGACAUUGUGAUGGUAGGCGCGAACGAUGCCAUCCCCAGCCCCGAAUUAGCAGAGCGCCGGAGGUCUAGGCAAUACCCGCGAGAUGACGACAUCGUCAUGGUCGAUGUUGCCGAUGCAACGCCCUCGCGGCCUCCUGCGAAACGCUCCAACUCGACAUCCAAGAAGUCGUCUGCCUUCUCCUCUCUAUUCGGGGGUAUCCUCAAUACCCCCAAGGGAGACACGCGCGGGGAGCCGCGCUCGGAACCCCGCCGCCGGGGCACCUAUCCUGUAACAGACGACGAUGCAGGGCUCAGACGAGGCGAUCCAGAGACUGACGCCGAGCGAGAAGCGCGGCGCGCUGCCCGUCGUGCCCGCCGCGCUGAGAAGGAAGCCGCCCCGGAGCGGGCUACCACAACCACAGAACACACUGUGGAGGAGGCGCGCCGCGCCAAGGACGAAGCCCGCCGCGAGCGGCGCAGGAAGCAGGAAGAGGAGGAAGAGGCGCGCCGGCAAGAAGAGAAGGAGGCGCGCCGGGCCGAGCGACGGGCGCAGCGCGCGCGGGAAGAGGCGGAGCGCCGCGCCGCGGAGCAGAAAGAGGCCGAGCGUGCCGAGCGCAGGAGGCGGCGCGCUGAGGUUGAUGCGGCUGAAGCCGAAGCCGAAGCACGCCGUGCGGCGAGGCAUCACGAGCGCCGGCGCAGUUAUCUCCCUGAAGAACAGCCUUCAGCUUCUCGAGAAGACGAGGAAGAGCAGCGGCACCGGCGCAGAGAGGCCCGUCGCGAUCGUGAGGCCAAGGAAGGGGGAAUGGGACGCGAGGAGCGCCAUUCUAGACGCAGGCUCGUCGACGGGGUCGGUGAUUACCACGUCUACCCUGCGAGGGCGUCGCGGGAGAACACGGGUGGUUCUUGGCCGCACUCGGGCACAUCGUCCUGGGUGAAAGAGCACUCGGACGCUCCGCCGCCCCCCCAGGGCAACGGCGACGACAAUAUUGUGGAGUCGCCACCACCGCCGCCGCCGCCGCCCGACGUUCAGGACGAAGAAGCGCGCCUCCGCGAAGCGCAUGCACGCAGGGCCAGACGCGAGGCCAAGUAUGCUGCUGAGGCGGCGGGUAUGACGCCGGAAGAGUUUGACGACGACCGGCGGAGGAGGCGGCGCCGCGAGGAGAGGGAGCGCGAGAGAGAGAGGGAGAAGUAUGCUCGUGAGAACGAGAAGGUGCGGGAUAGAGACAGAGGUGACCGGCGCACGGGGUCGGAUGGGAGCGAUGGUCGGAGGGAUAGCCGGAGGGGUUCGUCCAUGUUUAUGGAUACCACGCCGAGGAGCUCGUGGUGGAAGAGAUUGACGGGAGGUGGAUGAGUGUUUAUGAUGUUGAUGGAUGUUAUGGGUUUUCUU